AUGCCGUCAGGCGUGAUGAAGAUUCUAUUGGCUUUGAUCUUCUUCUUAUCAAUAUCGCGAUAUUCUGAGGGACAGUUUGAGGACUGGUGCAUAGCAGAUGAGCAAACUCCAGAUGAUGAAUUGCAGAAGGCUCUUGAUUGGGCCUGUGGCAAUGGUGCAGAUUGCAGUAAGAUACAGGCAAACCAACCUUGCCAUAUUCCAAAUACGGUAAGGGAUCAUGCUUCUUAUGCAUUCAAUAGCUACUAUCAGAAGAUGAAGCAUAAAGGAGGAAGUUGCUACUUCAAUUCUGCUGCAAUUUUAACUGCUAAAAAUCCAGGUCAUGAUUCGUGCAAGUUUGAGUAUCUUCCCUAA